GGAUUAACCUAAAAGUACAAGCACAAAAUAUACUGUCAGUUAUUUUACUUUAUUCAAAUUGAUUUUGUUUUCUCUCUAUCUAUUUACUCUUUCAACGCUUCCGAUGACUGAGGCCGCCUCCGUAUCGUCCAUCCCGCCGGCAACCGUUACCGGCGACGACUUCCGUGAUGACUCUCUACCGCGGGAUCCACUGUUACAGUCCGGAACCUACAUCGACGCUGAGUCGAAUGUUAACACUACACCGAACAAAGGCGUAAGGCCAAAUGCAGGUAAUGUGCCCGAUCUAACUCCGGCGCCGGCGGAGGGGACUCAGGAGAUUCAGUCGAUAGAGACGGUGGCUCAGACGGUGACGCCUCUGCGUUAUGGGAGUAGAUCGGCAGAGGUGAGUGUAGAGAGACCGACCUGGUUGCCGGAGAGUUGGAGGUUCGAAGCGAAAGUUCGUACCUCUGGCGCUACUGCUGGAACUGUUGAUAGAUACUAUUAUGAACCAGUCACUGGGAGUAAAUUCCGGUCAAAGACUGAGGUGCUUUAUUUUCUGGAAACGGGUGGCAAGCGCAAGAAGGCAAUUACUGGAACUACUGGCAGUGGCACUGAUGCUACACCAUCUGAGACUCCCCCAAUCAAAAAACAGAAGAAGAGUAUCUCGAAAACAAAGAAGGUUACCUCUUUCUACUUUGAUUCUGGGAAUCCGCCACAGAGCGUGUGCUGGGUUCAAACAGAUACUUCCGCAGACACUUGGACACCUUCAUGUAAUGGCAGCGUGGUUCCUGGAACCCGGAAACAAGAAUGGGAUGCUGUGUUCUUAAGUGUAUCAAAGCUGAAGCGAAGGAACACACAAACAGGGAGAUAGGCGGCUCUAAUGUGUACUAUACACUAACAGUGAACAAACCUUUUUCUGGAUCUAUCUAGACUAGAUAGCAUGUCGAAUGCCCGCCUGAAUUUGCCUUACUUCUUUUGGUUUUAGCUAAGGGGUCUCAUAGGUGUUGAUAACUUCUUGUUUACUUCUUUUGGUUUUAGCUAAGGGGUCUCAUAGGUGUUGAUAACUUCUUGUUUUGGCCUCAAGGAAUUGGCAAAAGUUGCUUCACCUAUAUCUGUUCAUCAUGUAAUCUUAUGGUAUUUUGGAAUUAAUUAGUUUCAAGACCUUCCGUAUUAAGUAAAUUACCAAUGAAUUUGAAGCAUUUUAGUAGGAUUCACUUAAUAUUGUUG